UACAGUUGUUGCACCACGCAGAAAUCUCGUGAGGGUGAAGGGAAUAUUCGAUAGACUUAGACCUACUUUGUUUUAAAACAAAGAACAUUGCAAGGUUUAUAGAAGAUGCAGAUUAAAAAUAAAAUUAAAAAUAAUAUGAAUGGCACUGAAGACUAACAUAAAGCGGUCAAGGUAUGAUCAUGUGACUGUUUAAAAUGGCGGCGCCCAGGCAAAAACGCGUGGUUGGUUGGUUGAACAGGUCUGAGUGGGAAAGAGUGUACCAUGGACUAUACAGUAAUGAAGUGAGAAAACAACAACAGGCCAUACAGAGGGUAGCUGUGUGGAAAAACAGAAUGUUACAUAGACUGCCUGUUGCUGUGGAAUGUACUGCUGCACUAGUUGAGGCUUGUCUGGAUCACAAGGCUGCUGUCCAGAAGGGACCACAUUUACCAAAUCAUACCAAAUUCCAGCAUAACUUUGCAAUGGCCUUGAUAAGGUUUGUGAAUUUGAUGACUGAGAAUAAUCAAAACAAGCAAUAUGCACAGCCAGUGCACAUCUUAGCAGAAGAGCUUGCUAUACCACAGUGGCUAGUGGAAUUGAGGCAUGAAUCAUCUCACACUUCAAUGCCAUCUCUAAACUUACUGAAGUCUGGGGCAAAGUUGGCACUAAAUUGGUUAAAAAGAGAAUACUGGGAGCCACAGAACUUGCAGGAUUCAAGUGAUAGUGAAGAUAACACCUGUGACCCAACUAUAGAAGACAAGUUCAAAGAUUUAGUAUAUGCUUUUCAGCAAGAACAAUUUAGGCUUCUCAGUGAAUUCAAACAGCCAAGUAAAGCAGACAAGAAGGAAUUACAAAGUAUAUUGGAUGAUCUCGAAAAAAAUGCUUUAGGGCAAAGGAAUAAAGCAAUUAGCUGGUUAUGUGAAGAAGGCUAUUUCAUAUCAACUAGUGAACAGCUUGAUGCACUGGGGAUCUGUGUGGAAGAUUUCAUAACUGCUGACAAUUUGGAUAUACCCCAUGAAUUACUCACAUUUUGGAAGCCUGUGCUGAAGCGUCUUCACCAUCUUCAGAUGACAGUCUCACUUGCUCAGUAUUUGCUAGGCCAGGUUACUGAUGAAUCAAGCCUAAGGAACAAGCUUUUGACAGGCUGGGUUUUUGCCAUAAUCAUGGCAAAUAGUGGCCUGCAGUCAGAUGUUGUGUUAUAUAGAACCCCAUGUUCUCUCCCAUGGAAAGAUAUGUUGGACAUGUGCAUAGAAACUCCUUCAAAGUGGAUGCUUAUGCUGAUACAUGUGAUAUUGGAAUAUUUAAAACCAGCUCUUGCACCUAGACAAGUUGAACACCUACUGUAUUUAACAUUAGUCUACCAAAGCCAACAAAGACAGCCAUUUUCCAGCAAAGUAUCUGAAGAUGUUGGGCAGCUAGCAGUCCAUAAACUGGGAGAUAUAGUAGGAAGUGCUAAAACUGAGGAAGAGGGACCAGGUCAGUUAAAAGAAGAGCAUUCAAUAUGGAAGCUUUGUACAGAGCCAAUUGAUUGGGCCGAGAUUCCUAUUGGUGUUCUUCCAUCACAACAUUUCGAGUAUGACUACCUACAGUUACCAGAUGAUGUCACUUGUGGAAUGAGCAAAGAAAUUAACAGAGAGGAGAGUAAGACCUGUGAUUCAGUGAUUACUGAAAAUGGACUAGAUUGGACUGCAGAGGAAAUGCAGCAAAUCCAACAAGAGAUUUGCAUUUUCUAAAACUCAAAAGACCUAGUGUUUAAUGAAUGUGAUUUUAUCCAUCAGCAGUUGGAAAACGAAGAAAAAACUUUUUAAAGACCAUAUUCAACUUAUCAAUGUGUCUUAUCAUUAUUGUGAAAUAUGUGAAGAUUCUUCAUUUCCUGAUGACACUAGGUGAAGUACAGUGAAAAUUCUGGUUAUGGAAUUCAGAAAUAAAACUUAAAACAUUUUCAAAUAAUUUACAAGCAAUUUUUAUUUGAAUACCAUUUACCACUUAGUAUUAACCAACACAUUUAGAACUUUUUUAAGGAAUACAUAGUUACAUCAAAUACAUAAAUAUAUAUCUAUAUACCAAUAAUAGAUUCAUAAGAAUUUUGUACAUAUAUACAUAAAAAACAAAUUACAAAUCUGCACAAUUAUGAAAAUUUUAAGCAAUUUUUUUUCCUGAAGAGUGAUAUGUAACAAUGUUUUUUACUGAAAACGCAUGAUUUUUUUUUUCAGAUGAGUUGGGCAAAUUUGUAUUUAUAAAUAUCUAUCCUAAUAGGACAUUUUAACACCAAAGAAGCUUUUAUAAAAGUACAAUUGUUUACAUGUGGGCCAAGACAAAAGAUGUCCUCAAGCUGACCAUGUCCUUUGAAUUUUAAUACAUAACAUAUAAACAUACACAAACUUCAGAUAUACCUCAAUAAUAAUUAAUGAAAUAUCAAUCUUAUUAAUUAGAAUAAAUGAGUAGUACAUUUCAAAUGGCUCCAAUAUCUGGAUAAAAUGUGCAAGACUUUAGUGUCUUUACUAGAUAUAUCUACUGUGAAAUCAUAUGCCUAAUUUCUACCAAAGCUAACAACAUCAAUAACAAUUAACUGUACACAUUAAAUUGCCUACUGAAUUAGGCAUACUGACAUAUGUCACAAAUUUUGUGACAACUCUGGCAUGAAGAAAGCAGAUUUCUUUUAGCUCCUGAAGUUAAGGGUUUUUAAAGCUUUCUAAUGCAUAUAACUGUUAUAAUGUCCAAAGACCUAAUUUAAAAUUUUGAAUUUUUGCAACAUUACAUUAACCUUAAAAUAUCCAACUGUGAUACUUCUUGCUUUUGAUGCUACAAAUAAUUACUAGAUACACUUGUAUCGUUAAAUUAUUUUCACCACAUAAUCACUUUUCACAAUGGAACUAGUUAACCAGUAACUAUAAGAGCCUUAACUUGCAUUAGACUAAAGCAAAUCUGCAUCUCCUGCACAACCAUGUGGCUAACCCUAGCCAACUAAUACAGCAUUAUACAUGGGGAUUCUUUAGUGUAAACCUAUAUCAAAAUUAUCAAAAAAGAAAUUAUAUCAUUUAAAUGAAAACUAAGAUUUGGGCAUCUUCUACCUAAAGGCAGUUAUCUAAGUGAAAAGAAACAAUCUUUUUUUUUGUAAAUCUUUUUAGGUCAUAUCACAAAAAAAAAGUGAACAUAUAAGUUAUGUCAUGUCAGUGCCAUACAUUUCGCGUAAUGGUUGCCGUUUUACAUUAUUUUUGAGUAACUGUUGAUAUCUUUCCAUGCUGGAGGGUACCAUAAUAGUAUAAAACAGUGAAAUAUGAUGGGGCAAGUCAAAAUAUUGCACAAAAUGUGUGCAUCACUGACAUGACUGAAAUGCUCACUUUUUUUUGUGAAACGACCCAUUUUUAAGUUUAAUAAUGUUCCCACUUAAAAGAAAAAAUGUGCAAAGGCA